AGCUCAGCUGUUGAAUUGGAGAAAAGGAGGGGGGAGGCUAGUGCUUGUGUGUUCGGAGAGGGAGGUGGAGAGGGAAGAAGGGGGAACGACCCUCCUGGAUUCACAGACCUUCCUCUGCUUUCCCCCCUUUCUUUCUUUUUCUCUAGAAACUCCCCUGCAGUAUUAAAAUGUUAAGGUGGAGAAAGGAUUUUUCGAUAAACGAAUUCCUGGUGGGUACUGGGGUGCAGGAAGGAAUGAAGAAGCAGGUUAAAAACCUAUCAAGAAAUAGUGAACUGGGAGCGCAAGGACUCCCCAGCUAAGGAGGUGUGUGUGUGAGGGGGGUGGUCACACAGCCCACACCUCGGGCAAAGACGGGGAGAAGAUGGAAAGAGUGAAAAUGGAAGAUGCGAUAGUGGUGGUGGUGUGGACAUUUUCACCGCGGGGAGGAAAGAUUUCUUUCGGCUUGCACAUUAACGGGAGAUAUCUGGAUAAUUCCAGCUUCUGAUGACUAUAAAUGGCGAUUCUCUUCCAAGGUGCCUAUAUAAAAAAAAAAAAAUCAUUCCGUGUCAUCCCCCACGUCAGGCCUACUCGUGGGCGUGAGGCUGUACUUCCUCCGCCCCCUCCUAACGGAGUGAACCAUUCCCAGCUCUCUCUCUCUCUGUGUCUCUCUCACUCUCUCACUCUCUCCAUCUCUCUCCUCCCUCUGCCUCCCCUCUCUUCAAAGUAGUCUUCUGCUGCUGCUGCUGGAACUUGUUGGCAAUGCCUAUUUUUCAGCUUUCCCCCGCGUUCUCUAAACUAACUAUUUAAAGAUCUGCAGUCGCAAAUGGUUUUACUAAAUGUAGGAUGGGACUUAAGUUGAACGGCAGAUACAUUUCACUGAUCCUCGCUGUGCAAAUAGCGUACCUGGUGCAAGCGGUGAGAGCUGCAGGGAAAUGCGAUGCAGUCUUUAAGGGCUUUUCCGACUGUUUGCUCAAGCUGGGCGAUAGCAUGGCCAACUACCCGCAGGGCCUGGACGACAAGACAAACAUCAAAACCGUCUGCGCAUACUGGGAGGAUUUCCACAGCUGCACCGUCACAGCUCUUACGGAUUGCCAGGAAGGGGCGAAAGAUAUGUGGGAUAAACUGAGAAAAGAAUCCCAAAACCUCAAAAUCCAAGGCAGCUUAUUUGAACUAUGCGGAAACAGCAAUGGGUCGGCUCCUUCACUCCGGCUCCCGACCUUCCCUUUGCUCUUGGCGUCUCUCUCUGCAGCUUUAGCAGCCUGGCUUUCCUUCUGAGGGAGGGGCACCAGGCGCCCCCGGCAGACACACACUCACUUCAUAUUAUUGGAUUUAUAGAGGAAGUAUCCAUCCGUUUUUUGGGGACGUUGUGAUUCUCUAUGAUGCUGAAAACAUUCAUAUAGGAUUGUGGGGAAAAACAAAAAACAAAACAAAACAAAACAACACGUUAUUCUCUUUUAAUUUUUCCCUCCUUGUGUUUUAUUUGCCAAAUGUUACCAAACAGUGAGCAACAACAGCCAAACCGGACCUCAGCUUUAUUAAGUCUUCAAAUGGAAAAAGAAAAACGCGAGCCCCAUCCCCGCUUUUUUUUCUUUCUUUCCUUCUUUCUUUCGUUGUCUUUUUUUUUUCAAAAGAAUCUCAGGAACGGCCCUGGGCCGCCUAAUAUAUUAAUCAUGUUAAUACAUGAGAAAUGAUGGGCUCCUCUUAAUAGGAAAGAAAAUGUGGAGAGAAGGCCACGGGGAAUGAAUUCAAGAUCGAUGUCCACGUGCGAAGCAUCUAGUGAAUAAUUCACAGUCUCUAUCGCAUCUAUCUUCCACAGAAUCUUGUUUUGAUCAUUUCCACUGCGAAUUUCUCCUCAAGAAGAAAGAAAAGAAAAAGGACAGAUUUAAAAAAAAAAUUUAAAUGAUGGGGGAAUGGGGAGGGGGAAGAGAUGUAUCAAAUGACCACAGGAACCGAAUGCUGCUAGGGUUGCUGGGAGAUUAGCUUUACCUGCUGUUGUCAAUGCAUCUUUCCAAGUUCACUGCCUUUAUUUUCCCUCCUCUCUUUGUUUUAAAUGUUACACAUACAGUAAUACCUGAAUAUCCAACGGUAUAGAUCACGAAGGGGGCUUAAAUGUUAUCCUAAAAUACAGUAUAACGAUUUUGACAUAAAGAGCCUUGAUUAAAAAAAAUAAAUAAGAGAGAUGUAAUUUUAAAAAAAGUUUAUUAUAAAUUAAAUUCAGCAAAAAGAUUUGCUACAAAGUAUAGAGAAGUAUAAAAUAAAAAUUAUUGUUUGAAA